AUGCAGACGACGUCACUGCUGCAGGAAAGGUCAAAAACGGCUGCCCUGAUUGCGCUGGUGGGUAAAGCUACCUACUCGACGCUGAAAGACUUGUGCUUUCCUGACAAGCCAACGUCUAAAACGUUCGAUGAGAUAGCCGAUCUCCUCAAGAAACACUUCCAACCGAAGCUGAGUUUAGUGGCGGAAAGCUGUCGUUUCCAUCAGUGCCGGCAAGGAACGGAAUCUGUCACGGAAUUUGCAAAUCGCCUGAAGAGACUGGCGUCCACUUGCGAGUUUGACUCCCACUUGGAUCGCGCACUGAAGGACCAGUUCGUGCAAGGGCUACGAGGCCAAUCCAUCACGAAGAAACUGCUGACUAUAGCGAACGACAAGAAAUUUGCUGAUUUCUUAGCCACGGCAACUUCGGAGGAACUCGCUGAUGCACGGGCUGCAGAACUGACAUCGGCCUCAAGGACUACAGACGUCCACAGUCUUCGGUCCGCGCCAUCAUCGCUGAAGUCGCGUUCAUACAACGACAUGCCUCCCAAAGCUGGCCGCAAGUGCACUGGCUGCGGCGGACAAUGGCACGAGAGACGAGAGAGCUGCCCUGCCUGGGGAAAGUCGUGUAAUUUCUGCCACAAGCAGGGCCAUUUCGCAUCUGUGUGCAGAGCCAAGGCCAAGGUACAAUUUGUGCACAAUCCAGCGCCGGACGCGGGGGAAUCAGACUCGGCAAUAAACAGUGAGGAGUAUUGUCCGGAACUGCACCACACCGUGUGUAUCAGCCAUGUAAGCAGUACUGUCGACCCGUAUGUCUGCACUGUUCGCAUUGGCCGCACCCCAAUGGUAUUCGAGAUCGACACCGGGGCUGCAGUUACUGUGAUUAAUGAACGGCAUUACCAUGAUUUGGCUUCCAAGGAACAGUUGACGCUGGAAACUGACGACUUACCCAGUCUACAUACGUAUGCCGGCAAGAUCAUCCCAACGGUAGGCCGCGUGAGAAGGGAAACCAGCCACGGAGGACGCAAGGCUGAGCUGGUCUAUUAUGUGGUCAAAGGCACUGGACCCAAUCUGCUAGGUCGGGACGCAUUGGAGAAACUGAGGCUCAACUGGAACCAAGUUUUCAACGUCACUGGUGACAUGCCGAAGAAUAUCCUGGACAAGCAUCCGGAACUAUUCAAGUCUGGCCUGGGCACUUGGCGACAUGGCAGUGUCAAGCUGGCAGUGGACCGUAACGUGAGGCCACGAUUUCUGAAGGCACGGUCGGUUCCCUAUUCACUCAAGUCGGCAGUGGAGAAGGAGCUGGACCGGCUGGUGAAAGAGAACAUUAUCCACCCUGUGCAGAGUACUGAUUGGGCUGCACCGAUUGUGCCAGUGCUAAAGAACAAUGGCCAGAUACGCAUCUGUGGCGACUACAAGUGUACCAUUAAUCAAGCAUCCAAGACAGACAAGUAUCCGUUACCCAACAUAGAAGACUUAUAUGUAAAACUGAAUAAAGGAUGCUGCUUCACGAAGUUAGAUCUCAGCCAGGCCUAUCAGCAGCUACCGUUAGACGAACAGUCUCAGCUUCUCACGGCUAUCAACACAAGCAAAGGCCUAUUUGUGUAUAAUCGCUUGCCUUUUGGAGUGUCCUCUGCACCUGGUAUCUUUCAGCGCACCAUGGAGCAGCUGUUGGCCGACAUUCCAAUGGUCGUAGUGUACCUGGACGACAUCCUCAUAUCUGGCACAACACGGGAGGAACACGACCUCCAUGUCAAAAUGGUCUUGGAGCGUCUUGAAUCGGCUGGUCUGCGCUUGAACCGGGACAAAUGUGUGUUUGGCCGUUCAUCUGUCACUUUCCUCGGCCACAUCAUUGAUUCAACCGGAAUAUCGCUGACAGCUGAGAAAGUGCAAGAUGUGCUGGACGCCAAGGCACCGACUAACGUAUCACAGCUCAGAAGCUACUUGGGCUUGAUUAACUAUUAUCACAAGUUUGUACAGAACUUAAGUACUGUGUUGAAACCCUGUACGAAUUGCUCUGUAAGAAGCAGUGGCGGUGGUCUGACUGUGAACAGUCUGCUUUUGAGAAAAGCAAAGCCAUGCUACUAG